AAAAAAGAAAUUAACAAACUACUGAUCUCUGUUCUCGACACGGUGAUCAUCGAAAUGUACCAGUUUUCAUUGUGAACGCUUCGAAGAACUCUUUCAAACUUACCAUUCGACUGAAUAAAACAAGAAUCGGACUUCUAUUGUCCGUUCCGAUCGGGGCUCUUCCGAAUAACGAGCCUCGAAGGAACGUUGAAGAAGAAUCAAACAGGUGGACGAAAAAUGUACCAGUUUCUUCCAAACUUCCGACGCGUUUCCAUGAAAUCUAUAUCGAAACUCAGAAUUCAGCAUGCCGUUAGCAAGGCACGAUCGAGACUGCAAUGCGACGAAAUUAAACGUCGCUGUUCUCCGGCCCAUGAAAUCUAGAUCGCGAGCAACGCCAUUAACGAGGCAGCAUUAACAAUCCCCUGUACAAAACGUUACCAACCCCAUAGUACGCCACAACGAUCGGACAGUGUCACCGGUUAACCGCGCCACGACUAUGAAGUCAUGAAGUUUCUGUUGCUUGUACUGUUGGGUUGCGUGUGUUGCUCGGCCAACCACGAGCGAGGCGAUCCUUGGAUUUCAACCUUACGAAAUGAACAACGAAACGAUGAUCGUUCGCACGAUCGCGUCGAACGAUCGAAUUUCAUGGAUUUCGACGACGAUGAAAGGAACGGCGAGGUGGAUCGCGUUCGUCUACGUCCACGUGCGAUCCACUUCCGUUUGGAAAAUCCGCAAACUCAUCAUCUGAUUCGACACGGUCGACGACAGUUUCGAUCAAUGGAUCUGAACACGCACGUCCAAGUCACUUGGCCCGUGAAGAAAGAGGCGGUGGUCGAGGGCGAUCUCGUGCUGGGAGGUUUAAUGAUGGUGCACGAAAGGGAGGACACGGUGACUUGCGGACCCGUUAUGCCGCAGGGCGGUGUACAAGCCCUCGAAGCCAUGCUCUACACCCUGGAUAAGCUGAACGAAGGGGAGGGUAUCGUGCCAGGCGUGAAAAUUGGAGCGCACAUCCUCGACGACUGUGAUAAGGACACGUACGGAUUGGAAAUGGCAGUGGAUUUUAUAAAAGGUUCAAUAAGCAACAUAGACGGCGCCGAGUAUCAUUGCAACAAAACUGCAGUGCGAAAAGUUAUCAGCGGAGUGGUUGGAGCGGCAAGUUCGGUCACAUCUAUCCAAGUGGCAAACCUCCUUCGACUUUUCCGAAUACCGCAGGUCUCUUUCUUCUCAACGAGCCCGGAGCUUUCCAACAAGCAACGUUUCGAAUAUUUCACACGCACCAUACCGAGCGACCAUUACCAAGUAAAAGCAAUGGUAAACAUCGUGUUAAUAAUGGGCUGGAGCUACGUGUCCAUCAUAUACGAAGAAAGCAAUUACGGUAUAAAGGCAUUCGAAGAGCUCGAGGAAUUAUUAGGAAAACACGAUAUAUGCAUCGCGAUCAAGGAGAAACUCGUGAAAGACUCUGGCGUUGCUGAGGAAACUGCAUACGAUAACAUCGUUCUGAAAUUGUUAACCAAACCUAGAGCACGAGGAUGUAUCAUAUUCGGGUCGGAUCAAGAAGUUGCCGGAGUUAUGAGAGCGGUUAGACGUUGCAAUGCAACCGGUGCGUUUUCGUGGAUCGGUAGCGACGGAUGGAGUGCCAGGGGGUUAGUUAGUAACGGUAACGAGGCGGAAGUGGAGGGUACACUAUCGGUUCAACCCCAAGCGAAUCCUGUCAAGGGUUUCGAAGAGUACUUUCUGAAUCUGACCGUCGAGAACAACCGAAGGAAUCCGUGGUUCGUUGAAUUUUGGGAGGAUCAUUUCCAAUGUAGAUACCCGAACGCAUCCAGAACUCCGUACAAUCAGAAGUACACGAAACCGUGCACAACCAAGGAGCGUCUAACUAAACAGGACACUGCAUUCGAGGAUCAACUGCAGUUCGUUUCUGAUGCAGUUAUGGCGUUUGCAUAUGCUUUCCGAGACAUGCAUAGAGAUCUUUGCCUCGGUAAACCGGGACUUUGCGACUCUAUGAAACCAACCAAAGGCACGGAACUUUUAAAGUACCUUAGAAAAGUGGAUUUCGAAGGUCUAAGCGGAGACAAGUUCAAAUUUGACAAGAACGGGGAUGGGCCGGCCAGAUACAAUAUAAUACACUUCAAACAAGUUCAACCUGGCAAGUAUAAGUGGAUACGAGUUGGUAAAUAUCUGGAGGGUGAAUUACGGUUGGAUAUGUCCGAAAUUCAAUUUAAACUUGGACAUCCUCAGCCGCCCGAAAGUGUAUGCUCUCUGCCCUGCGAAGUCGGCCAAGCAAAGAAAUACGUUGAAGGCGAGAGAUGCUGUUGGCACUGCUUCAACUGUACUCAAUAUCAGAUACGACAUCCGAAAGACGAGACUCAAUGCAUUCCCUGUCGUCAAGGCACCGUACCAGAUGAAACUCAUUCUACUUGCCGUGAUAUCCCUGAAGAAUUUCUACGACCAGAAAGCGGUUGGGCAAUAGGAGCAAUGUCCUUUUCCGCAGUAGGAAUCAUGAUAACUAUGUUCGUCGGCGGAGUGUUCCUGAAGCACAACGACACCCCGGUGGUCCGUGCAUCCGGUCGCGAAUUGUCCUACGUCCUGUUGUCCGGAAUUCUAUUCUGUUAUCUGGUUACGUUUGCCCUUGUCCUGAGACCUACGGACAUCGUUUGCUGUAUUCAAAGAUUCGCUGCAGGUUUUUGUUUCACGGUCGUCUACGCGGCUCUUUUAACGAAGACGAAUCGAAUAUCAAGAAUCUUUAACGCGAGCAAGCACAGCGCAAAGAGACCAUCUUUCAUAUCACCGAGGUCGCAAUUGAUCAUUUGCUCGGGAUUAGUGUUCGUCCAGAUCCUAAUUAAUGGGGUGUGGAUGAUUAUUGACCCGGCUAGAGCGAUGCACCAUUACCCUACCAGAGAAGACAAUUUGCUGGUCUGCAACAGCUACGUGGAUGCUAGUUACAUGAUCGCCUUUGCAUAUCCGAUCAUGUUGAUCGUUGUAUGCACAGUAUACGCAGUGCUUACCAGAAAAAUCCCCGAGGCAUUCAACGAGAGCAAACAUAUCGGUUUCACAAUGUACACCACGUGUGUCAUAUGGCUAGCUUUCGUGCCACUGUAUUUCGGUACAGGAAACAACGUUGCUCUAAGAAUCACCUCAAUGUCAGUAACUAUAAGUCUCUCAGCCUCGGUUACUAUAGCAUGUCUUUUCAGUCCAAAGUUAUAUAUCAUUUUAAUUCGACCGGAGAGGAACGUACGACAAAGUAUGAUGCCAGCCAGAUAUAGCACCACGAAAAGUUCAGCUGUUACUGCUACCAAUGCUUCCAGUAUGAUAGCACCGAUAACUUUAACAGCAGCUACGUGUGAUCAAAAUAAAGCUGUUAAGAAGCAUAUUAUCACUACCAUUGAUUGUUCGACUCAAAGUGAAUACUACGAGCUGGAAGUGAAAGAUCAGAAGAACGGAAAGCCACCACCAACGGUAGUCUCACGCUCGACCCAAACUUCCGGUAACAACGAGGAGUCGAGUGCGAUCGUCUCGAGCAAAGAUUCGAACGAAAACACCGCCACAACGAAACAAUUAAACAACAACGCGAGAAUAGGAAACGGACCAGUAAAUCAGAGCGAUGUUCCCUUAUAGCAGAUAGCCACAGUGGAAGCAGACAUGUUGUCCGCGAAUCUGAAGCCAAUUUCGAAGAAGCCCGUAAUAGUUUGAAGAGAAUAUCUCAAUAAUAUUUUGUAAAUACGACUGAACAUACUUCGAGCUGAAUGUCAUACUAUACGUUGAUAUUUAACCCCUUCGACCCGAAGUAAUUACGAUACAAAAAUUUUCGUACCCUGGGUAAAUGUUGAUUUAUAAAAUUAUUUUGAAAUUUUCAAAUUUAUGACAUGACUAAAAUUGGAAGAAACAUGAUUCAACCUUAUAUCUUGAAAAUUAUAACGAUUGAUAUGCAACGAAAUAUUAUUGUUGGGUUAGAAGGGUAAGAUUCCAAGUUGAUUAAAAAUUGUGUAAAUUGUGCUAUCAAGCGUCGAAUAUAAAAUUUUGUCUUGUGUAGACGAGAAAAAUGAUUUCGAAAAUUGUUAUCACACGAGACCAUAAAGAUGCUAGAUACGCGAUAUUACACAUUGUGUGUGAUAGUAAUCACCGAUUGCAAUUAAUUGUUAAGUCGCGUUUGAAAUACUGCUCUGGUUUCUUCUGUGAUCAUAGCAUAAUUCGUAUAAUAAUCACAAGAAAUUGCAUAAAUCUCUUUUGUACAUACACCAUGAUACAGUGUUUCAUCAUCUGUGCACACGAACGCGAACCGUUAACUAAUUGUAAAUACUGAUUAGUCGGAUUCGUUAUUACGUAAAGAAAAAAGAAGGAAUUUCUGUAGCCAGAUCGUUGCCAAAUGUAAGAAUUUGCGUCCAAACGAGACGAUCUUCUACCAAUGAUCAGAAUUUUUGUAAAAGAAAAAAAUCAAUAGUUAAUCAUUUAUCUGUACAUAAAUUUCAUUGUGUAAAUAUUACAAGAACAUUAAGAAUUAAUGCACGUUCGAAGCUAUUUACAAUUCGCUUGAAAUCUUGCCAACGUUUCAAUAUACAAACGUUGGUCUUUAGAUACCUUUUCUCUUUUUUUCGAAUCUCCUCUGCAGACUAUAGGAAUUGCUACAAGUAGAAUUGAAACACGAUAAUCGCGUUUUCUCGUACGAUCUAGUCAUUCAAAUUUUAUUAUAACGUGAACGACUUUAUACGAGAUAAAAACGACGGAAUCAUUCUGUAGGAUCUGAGGUAUACAUAGUCGGAGGAAGCGAUAUAGCGUGGUUAAGACAUAAGAGAAAUAAAAAUAAAAAUAUUAUAUUACAUUAUGUUAACCCCUUUUUUCGAUAUAUGGUUCCAUGGUUUCCAUAUUAUUUUACAAAAUUGGUAUUACACCAUAUCUCUUCCUCUAACUAUACAUAAUGUACGUAUCUUAGGACUUGUACAUUCGUUUCGUAGAAUCGCAACACGCGAUAAACAUAUCCACUCUGACCCGUAUACGUAGCCGAUUUCUUGAUAACAAUAAUAACAAGUUACCAAUUACUUCGACUAAUUCGUUGUUAACACUUUCGCUGCAUUUGAUGUCCGCAGCGAACGUGUUAAAUAACGAUUUCAUAAAACAACAAAUUUGUAAAAUCAUUUUUAUAGAACAAAGAAUAAUUGUUUCUGCUUAACUUUGGAUACGUAUGAGCCCGGUAUCCAUCGUUCGGCACGCUGAAUAAUUCAUUUAACGAACAAAGUACAUAAUUGCAUUUCGAAAGGGAACGAGUCCAAGUGUUUAAAAUAAAAAAAAAAUGUAUUUGAACACGUUCGAUUCGCGUGUAAAUAUCUGAAACUGUACAUAAUUAAAUGAUAUCGUUUAAGGCAUGAUGUUAGUUCAUACGGAACCAAUUUAAUAAAUAAUUCUACGAAAGAUUAAGACUUCGAAAUGCAACGCGACAUACCGAGACACAGUGUAAUGGCAACAUUGAAACUAAUUAACGCGAACCGUUAUGAUCUAAGCAUAUUUUAAAUACGUACGAAUGCUAAGUUAGAAAGACACCUGUUUACGAUGUAUCCGUUAAAGUGAACGAAAGAAAUUAAACUAAAAAGAAAAAAAAAAAGAAGAAAAAUCAAGUAAAAAUAAAAUCAAUCGUGAAAUUAUUCCUUCGUGUGUUAUUUCUAUCCAAACUUAAAACAUAGAUUACUUACGACUCUUAAAUGAAAAUUAAAAUGUUGAAACACCUUUGCUUAAAUAUCGUCACUGUCGCGUUCGGACGGGGGUGACAAUUGCAGCACUAGAUACACUGGCUUGCUACGGGGUAGA